CUGUGCUGACUGACUCCCGAGGGCGGGUUCACUCCGUUUACUCAGCACACAGACCUAGACACACACACACACACACACACACACACACACCUCGCCCUCAGGACAACGUUUCACCAAACUUUUUCCACAGAUGGAACUGGCAGACGCUGUCAAGUAAGAUGUUAGGUGGUGAAAGCUGCGGUGCACUCUUCGUGUGAUAGCCUGUUUACCAAACGCCUGGACAGGAGAAACGCUUUGCGCAUGCGUUGAUUGCUCUAUGGGAUGGAGGGGGAGCGGGUUGACUCUUCUCUUGACCUGAGCCACCUGACAGAACAGGAGCAAUCCAUCAUCCUCCAGGUCUUACAUCGUGACUUGGAGUUGCGGCGUCGUGAGGAAGGGCGUGUAAGGAUCCUCCAGCAGACAGAGACAGACCCGGCACGUCUGCGCUCCCUGUCGGGGGCAUGGUUCAACGAAGAGUGUAGCAAACGCCAUCACUGCAGGACUUCGGGCUGCGACCUUGUCCAUGCCACCAUACGCCACAGGAAGCCAAAGAGCAGUGAUGUGCCCCUGACUGGCUUGUUUAAUGGAGAGAGAGAGAACACCUCCCACAACAACAACACCUCUCCUGAAGCAGAGAGAAGAAUCAAGGACGACAAGGAAGAGGAGAAUGGAGGGAGUCAAGGAAGUUUGAAACCUACACCCAUUACACCCAUACCCAGAACAAAAAGUCCUGAAGCACAGGAUCUCCAGCAUAGAAAUAAUUCCUCGUCAUCAAAAGAGUGCGAAAGGAGAAGUAAUGGCCACUCAGAGGAGCCUGAGGAUGACUUUGACGGUCACAACGGGGACACUGACUCUCUGAGCAGCAGCCUGACAGAGCGAGACCCAGCUUCUCUGAAAACCAGCAGCUCCACCAGCAGCCUUCAUUCAGGCUACACGCUCAGUGGAAGCAUGAUGAGUCUGUUCAGCUCGGGAGAUUUUGGACUGGUGGAGGUGAGGGGCCGUAUCCAGUUCUCAUUGGUUUACGAGACCCAGAAGGAGGAGCUGCAAGUCAGAGUGUACCGCUGCGAGGACAUCGCUACAGCACGCAAGAACCGCUCUGACCCAUAUGUUAAAACCUAUCUCUUGCCGGACAAGUCGAGUCACAGUAAGAAGAAAACUUCGGUGAAGAAGAAGACACUCAACCCGGUCUAUGAUCAGACUCUCAGAUAUAAAGUGAGGAUUGGGGAGCUGCAGAGUCGGACCUUGAACCUGUCAGUGUGGCAUGCUGAGCCCCUUAAGAGGAACGUGUUCCUGGGUGAGGUGGAGUUGGCUCUGGGCCUCUGGGACUGGACCUACACUCAGCCACUGUGGCAGGACCUGCAGCCACGGGUUCAUUUGAAUCCAGACUCCAUAAACAGUCGUGGGACCAUCAUGCUCUCUAUUAAGUUCAUCCCAGACGGAUUUGAGGGCAGUGGUCUGCCACUGACAGGAGAACUUCACAUCUGGCUUCGGGAGGCUCAAGGUCUCCUGUCCAACAAGGGAGGCGCUAUAGACUCAUUUGUUAGAAGCUACAUCCUCCCAGAUGCUAGCAGACAGAGUGGUCAGAAGACGCGGGUGGUGAAGCACUCCAUCAGUCCUACCUACAACCACACCAUGGUUUAUGAUGGCUUCCACACCAGCGACCUGAGAGAGGCCUGCGCUGAGCUGACUGUCUGGCAACGCGAAGGGUUAAAGACGCACGUCUUAGGAGGGAUUCGUCUGAGCUGUGGAACUGGUCAGAGUUACGGGGAGGCUGUAAGCUGGAUGGACUCCACACAAGAGGAGGUCGCCGUGUGGACCUCCAUGAUCGAAAACCCAAACCACUGGGUUGACACAACACUACAAAUCAGAACUAACCUCACCCACCGGUCCGGGUGACUCAGUCACACUUAAUGCGCAAACACACAUUGAUACCCAUGUUCAAAUGAAAGAACACCCAGCACAUAAGCACAUUUGACCUCUCUGUCACAAUGAUACACGCAUACACUGUUUAUUUCUGUUCAUACAUACAAACACGAACACAGAGGGAGUCAGUAGUGGUGCAAUGUUGUGAAUUAAUGGCGUAGAUUUGAAUUAUUUAGUUUUGAAACCAUAUCUGUCUGCAUUUCAAAUGUUUUAUUUGUAUGGUUUGGUUCAGUCUGUUUCUUAUCUGACAAAAGUGCAUUUGUAAUCCAUUGUAGUUUAUGAAUUAAAUAUCA